UCCAUUCAGUGUCGGAGCAGUGUGUGGUCGUAUGGAAUGUGUCCCCCUUCAUUCCUGCAGCAAAAUUUUCGUGGUACCAAACAUAGGUUUAGCAAAAAUUAAGGAUUUUUCGAUCACUUUCUCACUUAUUCCCUUCUGAGAUGACUUAGAAUGAUGAUGUUCUUGAACAUAUUCAUCUUGGAAGCUUGAUGUGCUUGAUUUUGAUUUGAAUUUGAAGUGGUUUUAAUGGGGAAUAUACUGAGUCUGAACAGUUCCAAGACUAGAUGGAAUGAUCCCUGUGAGGUUUUGCAAGGUGAAGCUUGCAAGAGACGGAGGCUGUCAUCAAGCUCUUGCGAGGACAACUCAAGACUGAUUCCGGCCCUUCCUGAUGAGAUAUCAAUUCAGAUUCUAGCUAGAGUUCCUCGGGUUUAUUAUUUAAAUCUAAAGUUUGUUUGUCAUGCUUGGAAGGCAGCCCUUGUGAGUUCUGAACUAUUUUUUGUGAGAAAAGAGCUAGGAACCACGGAGGAGUGGCUGUACAUAUUAACAAAGGUCAACGAGGAUAAACUUUUAUGGUAUGCCUUGGACCCUCUUUCCAGAAGAUGGCAAAGGUUGCCACCAAUGCCAAAAGUUGGCUUUGAAGAUGAAACAAAGAAGGGUUUGGCUGCCUUUCCCCUUCGGAUGUGGAGCAUGAUGGGUUCAAGUGUCAGAAUUGCUGAUUUCGUAAUGAGCUGGCUUGGGAGAAGAGACGCCCUGGACCGGAUGCCAUUUUGCGGUUGCUCCAUAGGAGCUGUUGAUGGUUGCAUCUAUGCAUUAGGAGGAUUUUCAAGAGCUUCAGCAUUGAAAUCUGUUUGGCUGUAUGAUCCCGUUAAAAACUCUUGGACUGAGGCUAGUCCAAUGUCAGUUGGUAGAGCCUAUUGCAAGACAGGCAUGUUAAAUAAUAAGCUUUAUGUUGUUGGAGGGGUUACUAGGGCUCGUGGUGGACUAACCCCUCUUCAAUCUGCAGAAGUAUAUGAUCCACAUACAAGCAUAUGGUCCCAAUUACCUAGCAUGCCUUUUGCAAAAGCUCAAGUGUUGCCAACUGCUUUUUUGUCUGACUUACUCAAGCCUAUUGCCACGGGAAUGACUUCAUACAAGGGAAGGUUAUUUGUUCCUCAGAGUUUGUAUUGCUGGCCAUUUUUUGUUGAUGUUGGGGGUGAAGUUUAUGAUCCAAAUACAAAUUCAUGGCUUGAAAUGCCGAUUGGAAUGGGUGAAGGUUGGCCAGCAAGACAAGCUGGAACAAAAUUGAGUGUUAUUGUCAAUGAUGAUCUAUAUUCACUUGAUCCUUCAAAUUCUCUUGACAGUGCAAAGAUCAAAGUAUAUGAUCAUGAAGGUGAUACUUGGAAAGUUGCUACUGGAGAUGUUCCUAUUCGUUAUUUCACUGAUUCGGAAUCUCCUUAUCUUUUGGCUGGUUUACUUGGAAAGCUUCAUAUUAUAACUAAAAAUGCCAAUCACGACAUUACAGUGUUACAAGCUGACAUGCAAAAUGAUUUAGUUUUCUCCCAAUCCAUGUUGUCAUCACCAGAUAACUCAUUCAGUGAACAUGCUGAAUCUUCAGCAGAAACACAGGGAGAAUUUUGGAGGGUUCUUGCAACUAGGAGUGGUAGAUAUGUUGAAUUAGUUAGCUGUCUGUCCCUUAAAAUAUAAUUUUUCUUUUUGAGGGAGGGUCCUCUUAUGGUUUUGAUUCCUGAAUAUAUCUGUGUUGAUUGGCACGCUUGCUAAUAAGCCACAAUAGUAGGGAAGAUUUUAAAAUUGUAAAUGAUUUCAUUUACAAAUUGAUUCAUAAAAUGUAAGCAUUCCAAGCUACUCUACUACGCCCCAAAAAAAUAUUACACGGUAGCAAGAGCAUCAUUCAUUAAAGACGCUGUAUAUCAAAUCUGAAUGUUUUUCGAAU